ACCGGAGAACAACGCACUUGUGUUGCGUACGUCGGUCACAUGCAUUGCAUCUGCAUCCGGAGUAGCGAGUUCUAGACACAGCAGGCAACAGACUGAGGUAGCCCAGCGAGCGAGCGAGCAAUGGCAACCCUCAGCGCCGCCCCCCUCGUCGGCGCGGCCGCCGUCGCCAGGCCGUGUCAGGCUCAAGGUUUGCCGCAGCUGAGGGUGAGAGCCGAGAAGGCGAGGUGCGGCGCCGCCCACUCGAGGCGGCCGAGCCAGCGGCGGGACGGCAACAACGGCGCAUCGUCGUCGCUUCUGGCCGUGGCCACCAGCGCGGUGACCACGUCGCCCGCGCUGGCGCUGGUGGACGAGCGGAUGUCGACGGAGGGCACCGGGCUCAGCCUGGGGCUCAGCAACAACCUGCUGGGGUGGAUCCUGCUGGGCGUCUUCGGCCUCAUCUGGUCCCUCUACACCGUCUACACCUCCACGCUCGACGAGGACGACGACUCCGGCCUCUCGCUCUGAACUCAUCCGUCGAUUAUUCCUAGCUACUGUAUUUUUUGUUCAGCCUGACCCGUGAGUUCGAUCGAUCUAUGCAUGCGUUGGUGCAGACGAAGCUUAAGACCGUGGUUGUAUGCGACCGUAAUUCAGUUGUUGCAUCUCAGAUGGUAAUGAUAAUGACGAGUACG